GGCGGGCGCCGGACCCCCAGGCGGAGCGACAGGUCUCGGGCCCUCAAGCGGAGCGGCGGGCGCCGGACCCCCAGGCGGAGCGACAGGUCUCGGACCCUCAGGCGGAGUGGCGGGCGCCGGACCCCCAGGCGGAACGACAGGUCUCAGGCCCCCAGGCGGGGCGGCGGGCACCGAGUCACCAGGCACAACCCGGGCACCGCGUCAUCUGGCAAGGCAGUGGGCUCCGAGUCAACUAGUAUGACCGCGGGCACUGGGUCAGACAUUGGAUCGUCUGGCUGGACAGCGGGCACUGGGUCACCAGGCAUCAGGUCAUUUGGCUCGACAGCGGGCACCGCGUCAUCUGGCAAGGCAGUGGGCUCCGAGUCAACAGGCACGACAGUGAGCACCGGGUCAUCAGGUACCGGAUUGUCUGGCUCGACAGCGGGCACUGGGUCACCAGGCAUCAGGUCAUUUGGCUCGACAGCGGGCACCGGAUCA